UGUCCUCACCCUCUUCCAUCGGAUCAGAGUCUCCUUCUCUCUCUACAACCGAAAGAAUAUACGAUAGUAACAUAAAUCAGUCUCUCUCUCUCUCUCUCUCUCUCUCUAGGGUUCUUUGCAGUUUGGGAACCCCACUUGCUGACCCUUUUCAACCACAGAGACCACCCAUGCCGCGUCGGAGAGACGAGGAAGAUGACGACUUGGACCCUGACGAGGAGUAUGGUGAGGACCCCGAACAAGUCUAUGACGAUGAAGAAUUGGACGAUGAGGAAGAGGAAGAUAUUGGCAAAGGAGGAGGAGGCCGCCGCGUAGGGGGCGGCGGCUCGACUCGGAAGCGAGGGAGAUCCGAGUUUAUAGACGAUGUGGCGGAGGAGGACGAUGACGAGGAGGAAGAGGAGGAAGAUGAGGAAUUUGAGGGCGGCAGCGCUGCAAGUAGGAAGAAACGCAAUAAGAAGGCCUCUAGUUCUCGCUUUUUUGAUCUCGAAGCUGAAGUCGACAGUGACGACGAGGAGGAAGAAGACGACGGCGAGGACGAUUUUAUAGUUGAUGGGACAACAGAGAUACCUGAUGAAGGUGAUGGAAGAAGGAUGCACCGCCGUCCAUUGCUUCCACGAGAGGAUGAUCAGGAAGAUGUAGAAGCGCUUGAGAGAAGAAUUCAAGAAAGAUAUGCAAGGACUAUCCACACAGAAUAUGAUGAGGAAACCACUGAUGUAGACCAACAAGCUCUAUUGCCAUCUGUUAGGGAUCCGAAGCUGUGGAUGGUGAAAUGUGCGAUUGGUAAAGAGCGAGAGGUUGCUGCUUGCUUAAUGCAAAAGUACAUUGAUAAAGGACCUGAACUGCAAAUCAGAUCUGUAAUUGCACUUGAUCAUUUGAAGAACUAUAUUUAUAUUGAAGCAGACAAGGAAGCCCAUGUGAAGGAGGCAUGCAAAGGUCUGCGCAACUUGUAUGCCCAGAAAAUAAUGCUUGUUCCCAUUAGAGAAAUGACGGAUGUUCUUUCAGUCGAGAGCAAAGCAAUAGAUCUUUCUAGGGAUACAUGGGUCAGGAUGAAGAUUGGCACAUACAAAGGGGAUCUUGCAAAAGUAGUUGAUGUAGAUAAUGUACGACAAAGAGUUACAGUGAAACUAAUUCCAAGGAUAGACCUGCAGGCUCUUGCAAAUAAAUUGGAGGGUAGAGAAGUUGGAAAAAAGAAGGCAUUUGUUCCUCCUCCUCGUUUUAUGAAUAUUGAUGAGGCGAGAGAGCUUCAUAUUAGGGUGGAACGUCGACGAGAUGCAAUGACUGGUGAUUAUUUUGAGAAUAUUGGUGGCAUGCUGUUUAAAGAUGGUUUCUUAUACAAAACAGUCUCGAUGAAAUCCAUUAGUGCAAUGAAUAUAAAACCUACCUUUGAUGAGCUUGAGAAAUUCCGGAAACCUGGCGAGAAUGGUGAUGGAGAUAUAGCUAGUUUGUCUACUUUAUUUGCGAACAGAAAAAAGGGCCACUUUAUGAAGGGUGAUGCAGUUAUUGUUGUCAAGGGUGAUCUCAAAAAUUUGAAAGGAUGGGUUGAGAAAGUUGAGGAAGAUAAUGUUCAUAUUAGACCAGAAAUGAAAGGCCUUCCAAAAACUCUGGCUGUAAAUGAGAAAGAGCUUUGCAAGUACUUUGAACCUGGCAAUCAUGUCAAAGUUGUAUCUGGUACCCAGGAAGGUGCAACUGGUAUGGUUGUUAAGGUUGAGCAGCAUGUGCUCAUUAUUUUAUCUGACACAACAAAGGAGCAUAUUCGUGUGUUUGCUGAUGAUGUUGUGGAGAGCUCAGAGGUCACAACAGGUGUUACUAAAAUUGGGGACUAUGAACUUCAUGAUCUUGUGUUAUUGGAUAAUAUGGCUUUCGGUGUGAUUAUACGUGUGGAAAGUGAAGCAUUUCAGGUGCUCAAGGGAGUUACAGACAGGCCUGAAGUUUCCCUUGUCAAGUUAAGAGAGAUAAAGUGCAAGAUAGAUAGGAAAACUAAUGUGCAAGAUCGGUUCAAGAACACAGUAUCUGUGAAAGAUGUUGUUAGGAUUGUUGAGGGACCCUGCAGAGGAAAACAAGGUCCAGUAGAACACAUAUACAAGGGUGUUCUAUUCAUCUUUGACCGUCAUCACCUUGAGCAUGCUGGUUUUAUUUGUGCCAAAUCCCAGUCUUGUGUUGUUGUGGGAGGAUCACGUUCAAAUGGUGAUAGAAAUGGUAAUACCUAUUCAAGAUUAGCCCAUCUCAAACCUCCAUCUCAUGUUCCUCAGUCUCCAAUGAGAUUUUCUAGGGGUGGCCAUCAAAAUGAUUUUGGUGGGAGAGGAAGAGGUGGAAGAGGUGGUGGAAGAGGGCAUGAUGGUGCAACUGGUACCACAGUAAAAAUUUGCAAGGGUCCAUUUAAGGGUUAUCGCGGGCGUGUUUUAGAAUUUAAAGGACCAAGUGUUCGUGUUGAAUUGGAAUCUCAGAUGAAGGUUGUCACAGUUGAGCGGAACUGUAUAUCUGACAACUUGGCUGUCACAACUCCGCAUCGUGAUACAUCUAGAUAUGGUAUGGGAAGCGAGACACCCAUGCAUCCUUCUCGAACCCCUCUACACCCGUAUAUGACACCCAUGAGAGAUGCUGGAGCAACUCCAAUUCAUGAUGGCAUGAGAACACCUAUGCGAGACCGAGCUUGGAAUCCUUAUACACCGAUGAGUCCACCCAGGGAUAACUGGGAGGAUGGGAACCCUGGCUCUUGGGCUGCCAGCCCACAGUAUCAGCCGGGAAGCCCUCCUGCUUCACGUCCAUAUGAAGCACCAACUCCUGGUUCAGGUUGGGCUAACACCCCUGGUGGUAACUACAGUGAAGCUGGAACACCAAGGGAUAGUAGUUCUUCUUAUGCCAAUGCUCCAAGCCCUUAUUUGCCAUCCACUCCGGGUGGGCAGCCCAUGACUCCAAAUUCAGCAUCCUAUCUUCCUGGAACUCCUGGAGGGCAGCCGAUGACACCAGGCACUGGUGGUCUAGAUGCUAUGUCUCCUGUCAUAGGGGGAGAUGCCGAAGGUCCAUGGUGCAUACCGGACAUAUUGGUAACUGUACGCAGAUCUGGAGAUGAAGCUAUUGUGGGAGCUAUCCGUGAAGUGCUCUCAGAUGGAUCUUGUAGGGUAGUUCUUGGUUCGGGCGGUGGAGGUGAAUCCAUGGUGGCUGUUCCUGGUGAAAUGGAGGCUGUGGUGCCGAGGAAAAAUGACAGAAUCAAGAUCAUGGGUGGCGCAUUGCGCGGUGCCACAGGCAAGCUAAUUGGAGUGGAUGGCACUGAUGGAAUUGUAAAAGUAGAUGACACUCUUGAUGUUAAGAUCUUAGAUUUGGCUAUUCUUGCAAAACUAGCCCACUCAUGAUUGUGAUGAACAUAGAAAUUAAAAAUGUAUAUUAUUGUCAUUAUUAUUGUCUAAUUUUUGGUUUAGCAAAAGUUUUGUUCGAGGGAUUCCAUCAAUUGAUAUAAGAUUAGAAAGGUGUUAUUUCUCUCUUCA